AUGGCUCUCUAUGCAGCAGAUCAGAAGAAGGAAGAUCCAUUGGCACGUAGUGACAAGGAACAAAGUAAGAGAAGAAAUGCCAAGACCCUGAAAAGUGAAAAGAGGCUGCAGAAUGGCACGAACAAGUUCUGGGCCCACUGCGGCGGCGGCAGUGGUGAUGGACACCCUAGAGAAGAGAGCUUCGCGCUGCCCUUCUCCUCUGUCUUGGAUGAGGAAUUUGAUGCUGUGGUUGGAUAUUUGGAGGACAUCAUCAUGGAUGACAAGUUCCAGUUAUUACAGAGAAAUUUCAAGGACAAAUACUACCAGAAGUUCAAAGACACAGAAGAGAAUAAACUCCUCUACACACCUAUUUUUAAUGAAUUUUCUUUGGUAGAAAAGUAUAUUGAAGAACAGCUGCUGGAGUGGAUUCCUGGAUUUAACACGGCAGCUUUCACAACAUUGCUGCAUCAUAAAGAUGAAGUGGCUGGUGACGUAUUUGACAUGUUGCUCACAUUUAUGGAUUUUCUGGCUUUUAAAGAAAUGUUUCUGGACUACAGAGCAGAAAAAGAAGGCCAGGGAUUGGACUUAAGCAGUGGUUUAGUGGUGACUUCAUCAUGCAAAUCAUCUUCUACGCCAGCUUUCCAGAACAGUCUAUGGCACUAG